AUCACCGGAGGGAUCCAGUAAGAGAAAUCCCCCAGAGAGAUGUCCCCGUCCUCUGUAUUCCCGGGACUCCACACAGGAACAUCAGGAGAUCCCUCAGGAGGAUCAGGAAGAAAACCUACGCGUAUCUAGGAUUGAAAGUGAAAAAGAAGGGACGUCCUUCAGAGAUGACGAGCGAAGUGAUAAGGAGAAAAUGCCUUCAGCUAGAAAAGAUGGCUGUUCCACUCCUCUCUGCUCUGGAGAUUUGGAGGAUGACUACAAGAUUCUACAGGACUAUCAUGGUGAAACUUUAAUGAAUAUUAAUGUGGUAGUUAAAGAGGAAGAAGAUCUGCAUGUGAUGGGUGAUGAGCUACAGGAGAACCCUCCAGAGAUCAGCACAGAUGGAUCCAGUAACAGAAAUCCCCCAGAGAGAUGUCCCCGUCCUCUGUAUUCCCGGGACUCCACACAGGAACAUCAGGAGAUCCCUCAGGAGGAUCAGAGCGACAAUCUGAUUAUUAUUAAAGUUGAAGUGAAAGAUGAGGAUGAAGAAGAGGUGGACGCAAGGGGUGACGAGCCGUGUAAGGAGGAGGAGAUUCCUCCAGAGAUCAGCACAGACCCCGGAGACAGCAGAGCUGCUCAGACAGAUGUCAAAGCUGAGGAGAGGAAAGAAAGACAUGCCAGGAUAAAAGAGGAGGAAAUUCCUAUAGAGAUCGGCACAGAUGGACCAAAACGCAGGAAUAACCCGGAGAAUCGUCCCGUUAUGUCUUUGGAGUGUGAAACAGAAGACGAUUCUUCAGGAGAAGACUCCACUGUCAAGAGUUCCCAUCCAUUACCAUCCAGUCCUUCUACACAUAGUGGUAGUCUUCCAGAUCCCUCCCAUCCCACCACUCACCCCAAAAGCCAGGAGGGUGGAAAAUUCCAUUGUUCCGUAUGCGGCAAAAGUUUUUCGCAGAAACGCAUUCUUAUCGGCCAUGAGAGACUUCACACAGGAAAGAACGUGUAUUCCUGCUCAGAGUGUGGAAAGUGUUUUUACUGGAAGGGCGGACUUGUUAAACACCAGAGAAUCCACACUGGCGAGAGGCCAUUCUCCUGCGCGGAAUGCGGAAAGAGCUUCAAACAAAAGUCCAAUCUUGAUGCACAUCAGAGCACUCACUCAGGAGAGAAGCCAUUUUCCUGCGCAGAGUGUGGGAAGUGUUACGCAUGGAAGGUCCAGCUCACCAUCCACCAAAGAAGUCACACAGGGGAGAAGCCCUACUCCUGUUCCGAGUGCGGUAAAUGCUUUACGGUAAAAUCGGUUCUUGCCAAGCAUGAGCGAGUUCACACCAACGAGAAGCCGUUUUCCUGCUCGGAUUGUGGCAAGGACUUCAGAGAGAAAUCAAAUCUGGACAGGCACCGGAGAAUUCACACGGGUGAGAAGCCAUUUUCCUGUUCUGACUGCGGGAAAUGUUUUGCUUGGAAGCUUCAGCUGGUUAUUCACGAGAGGAGUCAUACGGGGGAGAAGCCAUUUUCUUGUUCUGAGUGCGGAAAAUGUUUUACUCUAAAAUCCCAUCUCGUUAAACAUGAAAGAGUGCACACGGGGGAGAAGCCUUAUUCUUGUCCAGAGUGCGGAAAAUGCUUUUCCCGACGGCAAAGGCUCACCUCACACCAGAGGAGCCACGCGGCGGAAAAGCCGUAUUCGUGCCCAGAAUGUGGGAAAGGAUUUUCCUGUAAACAAUAUCUUGUUUCUCAUCAGACAAUUCACACGGGUGAGAAGCCGUUUUCAUGUUUGGAAUGUGGGAAGUGUUAUGCGCACAGUGCGAGUCUCAGUGCACACAAGAAAACUCACACGGGAGAGAAGCCAUAUUCAUGUUCUGAAUGCGGGAAACAGUUUUCGAAGAAAAAUUGUCUCAUGUCACAUCUCGGUUGUCAUAAAGCCGUUCUCAGUCUGCCUGAGAAAAUUUUAUGGCUUGGAAAUACUAACAUUAAUUUACAAAAGGAUGAAAAUAUGAUUACCAUUAAAGUUGAAGUAAAAGAGGAACCAGAAGAUCUUUCUAUGAUGGGCGGUGAGCCAUGUGAGGAGGAGGUCAUCCCUCCAGAGAUCAGCACAGACCCCGGAGACACCAGAGACCCUCAGAGAUACAUUGGAUCUGAGGAUGAAGAAACCGACUUGAUUAAUGAGGAGAAAACUUAUCCAGAGAUCAGCACAGCCGUGAAAAGAAAACCCAAGGAACAUUCCAGAGAACUUCGAGAUAAAGUAAUAGAAUUGCACACUUCAGGAAAAGGGUACAAAACGAUCUCCAAGUGUCUGCAUGUUCCAGUGUAUACCGUUCGUUCCAUCGUCAAGAAGUGGCAGGUCCAUCAGACCACCGAGACGCUGCCUAGAAAAGGUCGCCCCUCGAAACUGUCAGAACAAACCAGAAGAAUGCUUGUGAGGGAAGCCAUCGAGAGACCGUCUGUCACUUUGAAGGAGCUACAAAAGACGGUGAUCGAGUCCGGAGAUUACUCAGUAGUGGCGAAGACAUCUGGUGAUCAUGUGACACCUUUAACCUAUUCCUACAUAUCGGGAGAAUGGACGAGGAAUGAGAGUCCCAUCACGGAGCCCCCACUUUACUCCCGAAUACUUGCGGAAAAGAACACCAGUAAAAUUCUAGCCGUUAUCAACAAGAUCACUGAGCUUCUGACAGCAGAGAUGAUGGAGAAGCGGCCGCCCCUCACAUCUCCGGAUGGACCCAGUAACAAAAAUACACCAGAAAGAUGUCCCCAUUCUCCGUAUUCCCAGGAUUCCACACAGGAACAUCACGAGAUUCCUCCGAAUGAUGAGGAUAAAGGCCUGAUUAUUAUUGAAGUUGAAGAAGAGACAUAUGUGAAGGCUGAUGAUCCAUGUAAGGAGGAGGACAUUCCUCCAGAGAUCAGCACAGACACAAAACACAACUGGAGUAAUGCGGACAAACAGCCCAUUAUAUUUCCAAAUGAUGAAGUAGAAGAGAAAAAGUUCACAUGGGAAUCUUCAGAAGAAAACUCCUUUACAUCGAAUCUCCAUUUAAUAUCCUGCAGCGCAGAUCCAUCGUCUGAUCCCUCCACACAGGAUACGCGUUUUGCUGAUCUCUCAUCUCCCAUCACCCAUACCACAGAGGAUCAAAGCUUCCCCUGUCCUGAAUGUGGAAAAUGUUUCAGCAGAAAAGAAGGGCUUACUGGACACCUGAAAAAAAUUCACACUGGAGUAAAGCAAUUUUCUUGUCCCCAAUGUGGGAAAUGUUUUAUAUACAAAUCGUCCCUUGGCAGACACGAACGGGUACACACUGGGGAGAAGCCAUAUUCGUGUUCGGAGUGCGGCAAAUCUUUUUCUCAGAAAAAUAGCCUUUUUACUCACGAAAGGACGCACACAGGCGCAAAACCAUAUUCGUGUUCAGUGUGCGGAAAAUGCUUCAGGCAGAGUUCAGCUCUUUCCACCCACGAAAGAACCCAUACGGGGGAGAAGCCAUACUCAUGCUCAGUUUGUGGGAAAUGCUUUAGGCAGAGUUCGGCUCUUUAUACCCACGAAAAGACUCACACCUCUGAUAAACCAUUUUCCUGCUCUGAAUGCAAUAAAUGUUUUACGGAGAAGGGAAAUCUAAUCACCCACAUGAGAUCUCACACAGGGGAGAAACCCUUUUCAUGUCCUGAGUGUGGGAAAUGUUUUUCCAGGAGUUCAGGGCUUAUUAAGCACCAGAGGUGCCAUACGGGGGAGAAGCCUUUUUCAUGUUUCGAGUGCGGGAAAUGUUUUAAUGACCGUUCAGAUCUUGCUAAACACAGGAGAAUCCACACCGGUGAACGCCCCUAUCUAUGCUCGGAGUGUGGGAAAGGUUUUUCACUUAAAUCCCAUUUGCUCCGACAUAAGGCAGUACACACUAGUGACCAGCCCUAUUCCUGCUCCAAGUGCGGGAAAAGUUUUACCGAUAAAUCAAAUUUGGUUAGACAUGAGAGACUCCACCUUGGUGAUCGCCCAUAUUCAUGUUCUGAAUGUGGGAAAGCAUACUCGCACAAAGCCUCUCUGCUGUCACAUGCCAACUCUCACCGAUGACAAGAGGUGUGAUGUGGAAGACAAAUUGCCAUGUGCACAUACUGGUCCUUGUUUUCUUUAUGAAUAAAGUGACAAAUAAAAACUUAAGUCAAAAUAUAUAUAUAUAUAUAUUUUUUUUUUUAAAGGGAAAGUAUAAUUGAUUGGAGCAGGGAGAUGAUUCCUCAAUGCUGUACGGUGUCCAGCCCAGUGGAUGACUUCAGCACCCACAGAGUUAACGCAUUGCACGACUAAACCAUCAGGAACAGGAGUUAAGGGUGCCCAGUGACCCAAAUUUUGAGGUAGCUCCAGAUACUUGGCCUGGCCAGCCUAUUCAAUAAGUGAGUCUUCAGAGACAGGGCAGGCACUGAGGCAAUGCCAAUGGUUCUGAACCUAGAAAACAC